AUGAGCUCCAAAGAAAAACCAGGUUCCUCGCUAAGCAAACCUAACCCUAGAGAGAAAGAGAGACCUCCCGUUGCAACGAAUGAGGAAGGCUUUGCGACUCCGAUUUCACGCAAGCUUCUGCACGAACCUGCAGUUGUUCGAGUAGAGCUGUUGCAGACGCGAACCCCUGUGGAGGGGUGUGAACUGACACCUUUUGUUCUUCUUAAGGACUUGAACGGUGAUCAGCGCACAGCAGAAGCUAUGGAAACGCGAACGAAAGGGGUCUUAGCAGCACAGUACCGUUGGUAUCGUCGGGAGUACCGGUUUGUGUGCGCGAAGACGGGUUUGCCGGCCCAGUUUGAGUGCCUGGAGCUUGGACGUGUCCGUACUGAGCUGGAACGCCUAGGAGAUACAUCCGUUGCUAAUAUAGCAGGACUCGCGUAUUUUCACCAAAGUACUGAGAUCAUAGAUAUAUGGUCAACGUUUCGGGAACUCUGGCGGAGAGUUCGUGUUUUACAGCAACAAAAGGAGGCCCGCAGAGAGCCCGCGCUUCGCAACAAAAAUGCAUUACGCAUCGACCAGAGCAGAGACGAAGCCUUGGUGUGCGAGAUUCCGCCGGAAAAUGACUCGAAGUUGGUGGAAUGUGGUUUUGUGCGGAACUAUGCCCCCACUAUGGUUGACAUCGGGAGGACUCUUGUACUCGAGUGUCGAUAUAUCUGGAAAGUGCCCAAUGAGGAGAUCCGUAUCGGUCCGCCAGUUUACUUUGAAACUCUACCGGUCAUACCGUUUCCACCACCGCCUCCGGAGAGGCGCAUGUUUCUGGUUGCCGACACAAACUGUGAUUACUCCGUCAAGGAUCGCGUCUGCAGUGGUGAACCGAACUGCUUCCCUUUGCGCCUGCUAUCAUACAAUUGCUUGGCAGAGAUAUACGCGAAUUCAGACCUCUACUCAUAUUGCCCAGACUGGGCGCUGUCUUGGAAUUAUCGCCGACGGAAUCUGCUGCGGGAAAUUCUGAGCCUUGAGGCUGAUGUGGUUUGCUUGCAGGAGAUCCAGGCGGAUCACUUUGAAGAGCAUUUCAACCCAGCAAUGCGUCGCGCUGGCUACGAGGGAAUAUACAAAGCGAAGAUGCGAGAGUCCAUGGGGCGUAAGGGCAAAGUCGAUGGAUGUGCAACAUUUUACCGUCGGGAUCGCUUUCAACUUAUUGAGAAACACGAGAUUGAGUACAGUACGGUAGCCCGCGAAAAGGUGAAAGAAAAACGUCUACUCAAUCGACUUAUGAAAGACAAUGUUGCUUUGCUUGUUGUUCUCGAGGAUACUGCAACAAACAGCAGAGUCUGUGUCGCGAACACGCAUAUUUUCUGGGAUCCUGACCAAACGGAUGUCAAACUUUUUCAAGUAGAUACUUUUCUGCAAGAGGCGGAACGUUACAUUGGGCCUCGCAACCUUCCGCUUCUCAUCGCAGGCGAUUUCAACUCGCUUCCUGAGAGUUCUAUAUAUGAACUGGUAGUAGGAAACGAAGUCAGCGGUCAACGACCAGAUGUUAUUGAUGGGAUGCUUGAAAUAUUGAAAAUUUCUCCAUGUCAACAUAACAUGUUGCUUCGAUCCGUGUACGGUCUAGGAGGCGAGUUCACGGAGCCUGCAUAUACGAACUAUACUGGACACUUUGUUGGGACCCUAGAUUUCAUCUUUUUUACUCCUGACAAGAUCGUGCCGGUUGGAACGCUUGAGAUCCUCGAUGAGGCGCGGUUACUUGGGGAAGAAUAUACCGCGCUCCCGAAUCCGCGCUGGUCCUCGGAUCAUAUCUCGAUCAUGGCGGACUUUGACAUCCGCGUGCUUCAUCCGGGGCAAAGCACAGCCUCGUGGGCCUGA